AUGAGUAGUCAGGAGAUAGAAGGGAAUACUAUCUGUCGAUUUUGUUUGCGAAAAGUGAAAAUCUUUUGUCAAAUCUUCAAGAAGAGUCAGGAAGAAGUCCAGGAUGCCGUUUCUAACCUCAAUUCUAUUCUCAACUUGAAUAUUCAGGAAGACGAUAACUGGCCAAAACAGAUCUGCUUGCCAUGCAAAAAGCAAUCAGGGAAUUGUGUUCGGUUCUACAGGAAGAUCAAGGUGUCGGAGAAGAAACUGCUGGAGAUCUAUGGUCAGAGUAGUCAGAGAAUUCCAGAAGUCCCUUUUGAGGAAGUUUCAGUAGGAGUGGAAAGUUGUAGAGAGGAGGUGUUAGAUGAAAAUGAUUUUAGGAGAACUUCUGAUGAAUCCAGGGAGGAGGAGUUGGUAUCAAAGUCCCAGGAAUGCGUAGAGCCCGUAGGGAAACCAAAGAGGUCAACUAGGAAGUUAAAGGAGGACACAGAGAAACAGAAGGUUCUUAGGAUUGGAGAUGAGUUGGUGAAGAAGUACUUGGGCUUCAGAUGUGAUCUCUGUCCAGAAGACUGUAGAAACUAUUACAGACUCAAAUUCCACUACCGGACUGUUCACAAAGUCACAGGAUACGUGAUUUGCUGCGGGAAGAAGUUCACAACUCUUGGGGUCUUGACCACUCAUCUUCAGCUCCACGCUAAUCCGGAAGCUUUCAAGUGCUCAAUGUGUGCUAAAACAUUCCUCAGUGAACGCACGAUGAGAUUUCACGUGGAAUCUUGUCUGAAGCCGAUUGAAAAGUGCUCUUUUGUGUGUGAUCAGUGUCCAAAAGUGUUCCCCAGUGCCAAGAGACUCUACUUUCAUCGAAGAUAUCAUGCCAGUGAGGACGAGAAGAGGUUCAAAUGCCAAGAUUGCCCCAGGAGCUACCUAACUCCAUCAGAAUUGAGGCGACAUCGGAUGAAAUUCCAUGAGAAAAUCAUCGAUACCUUUGUGUGUUCAUCCUGCGGGAAGACUUACAGGACCAAAUGUGAACUGAAGAAGCACACUGAGCAGCAUCAUAGUGAAAGACCGAGGAAGAGGGUUGAGUGUGGGAGAUGUGGAGGCUUCUAUGCCACGAAGAUAUCCCUGGAGAUUCAUCUGAAACGCUGCAAAGCCGAUCCGGCCAAGUGUGAAGAGUGUGGAAAGAUUCUGUCAAAUAAACUCGAGCUGAGGAAGCACAUUCGAUACAAUCACAGUGGCCUGGAAAAAAAAUUUCAGUGCAAAAUCUGCCCAAAGGCAUUCAAGGCCAAGAAACAUCUGGAAGAACAUGCUGGCCAGCACACCAAAGUCCCCAUUCACCGUUGUUCCUUCUGCCCCCGGGAAUUCUGCACACAAUCAGCCAAAUACUCCCAUCAAAGGAAGCACCAUCCGGAGGAGAAUGAAGCGGCAAAGAACAAGAAAAAACUCCCGGACAACUAUUCACAGUAA